GCCCCUUGGUUGCCCCGGUAACGCGCGUUCACUUCCGGGAAGGGCCGCGGAAGGGCCGCCAUGAAGCUCCUGACCCACAACCUGCUGAGCUCCCACGUGCCGGGGCUGCGGCCCGGGGGGGGCUUCCCCCUCAAGAUAGAGGCCGCCGAGGUUCGGGUCCGGCCCGUCCCGUUCAACGCCGCCUUCGUGUCCCGGUUGGUGCCGCGGCUGCGCUGGGACGCGCUCAGGGAGGCGGCCGAGAGUUUGGGGCACCCCUCGGAGCUGCCCCCCGAACCCGCCCCCGACUACGAGGGGGACGAGGAGUUCCUGCGCCGGGUUCACCACGUGCUGCUGGAGGUGGAGGUGCUGGAGGGGGCCCUGCAGUGCCCGGACUCGGGGCGGCGCUUCCCGAUCUCCAAAGGGAUCCCCAACAUGCUGCUGAGCGAGGACGAGGCCUGAGGGGGGGCCCAAUUUAUUGGGGGGGGGGUCCCCAAGGACUGGGAGGUCCCCCAGACUGGGAUUGAGGCGUUGGAAACCCCCCCCCAAAUAAAAGAGUUAUUUUAUUUGUGUGGAAGAAUCCCAGA